AUGCGCGCCGAUCAGAUAGUACCGGCGGUCGUCGCCGCCGUGGCCGUGGUGUGCCUGCUCAUCGCCGGCCGCGUGGACGGCCAGGACGAGUACGUCCCUGCUGGCGCGGGGAGCCAGGAGGUGGAGACGCUGACCACGAACCAGAACCCCAAACAGAUCCUCCCGCAGCCGGAGUUGAUGCCAGUGCCCAACAAUCUGCUCCCUAGGCCGGGGGCCGCCCUAUCCGGGCAGCAGCCGACGACCGAGCAGGAGCCAGAGACGGAGGCGGAGCCGCAGCCGGAGCAGACGUCCGAGCCGGAGCCACAGACGGAGGCGGAGCCGCAGCCGGAGCAGACAAUCACGAGGGAACCGGAGCCGGUCACGCCCACGCAGGACCAGGGCGAUUUCUACCGCACCGGCGCGACGCCGACCACGCCAGAGCCGCCGGCGACGCCAACCUCGCCGGAGACGUGGGAGACGCCGCGGGCGACGCCGUCUGUGCCCGUGCAGCAGGGUUAUCCUUAG